UCCUGCUUAGUCCCAGACAGUUUCCCGGGACAUGAGUUAUUUAGCCGGGUGACAUUAUUCAAACAGGCUGCAUUGGACAAAUAAGUUUAGUACUUUUCAGAACGAGAUUUCCAGUAUUAAUUCAGAAUGGAUGGCAAUCUUAUAGUGUAUAUAUUCGUAAUUUUCUUCUUUACAACAUGUACAACAGUAUUGACACAAGAAAGAUUUGUUGAUGAAAUUACAAAUUUUCAAUACUCGGAAUGUGAACAGAAGUUCGAAAGAGUAUAUUGCAAGGCACUGAACAUAAGUAGAGGUUCACGGCAAAAGCCAAGUCUCUGGCCACCCGGUCCAUUUGCAAUACCCAUGUCAAAAUCCGGGUGUCCCGAACCAGACAAUCGUGGAUGGAGAAAAGGCGUUCUACACGUAAAGAAACUUGGAAGAAAAAAUCUUAAAAAAAUGAAAAAAAAUGAAAUGAAAUUUUGUGUUAAAGUACGAAAUGAUACCGACCUAGAUACAGAAAAUUGGAUUCCCGGAAGAUAUUCAAUUUAUAUGAUUGGAGAGGAAUGUCCAGCUGGUUUUAGAAAAGACACAAUACAAGAAUCCUAUCUUCAAUAUGAUUCAUUCGGACCUAUUCCAAAUAUUACAGAAAUUGGGACAUUAACGAAAAAGAUAUUGAGAAUUGGUAUUUGCAAAAAGAUCGGUAAUAAAUCAACGGGAAACAAAAAGGCCAGUAAUGUUACAUACAGAAUGUUAGAAACGCCCUUUAUUGUUUUAAAGAAAAAAUCUAAAUCUUGCCCAAUGGAAUUAAGCUCUCACCAAGGAAGGAUCUAUUGCAGCAAUAAACCAGUGGUUUCGAGAACACUUGAAAAUUAUUUGAUGUUGGACUUUGAUUUUCAAAUUCACCCGGAUGUCAACGUAAAUCCAAAUCAAGUCAAAGAGACUUGGUAUCAUAUUGACCUGCGACGUUCAAUGAAGGUGUCCAGAAUAGAAAUUACAUUCACUGAUACAAAUUUCAGGUGA